AUAGUCCAAAUUCGAAUUCGACAUUUCGACAGCGUUGGCCGCAAAGACGCCAAGUAGUAAUAAGUGACUAUAAGUAAGUUAGAUAGCUGAUUUGCCUUUCUACUGUCGUAACUCUUAAAUAGUUAAAUGGUGAUUGUUAAUUAUUAAAUGUGAAUUGUGUUCUGUUAUUCUGUUUGUGUUUAAACCGCUACAAAUCAACUAUCAAGUCUUUUAGUCUUUAUAGGCGCAUAAGGCAUAACACUAUCUGGCGCAUGUGUGUGUGUGUGCGCGUGUGUGUUUGUUUAUGUGUGCGAGAGUAAGUAAUAAGUAUCAAGUGACUCGAGAGCCGAUUCAUCGAUUGACUGUAAGUUAAACUAGUGCCAAUGGUUAGCGUUGGUGGUUAACUACCGACCACCGUCAAAGUUUACUGUAAGACCUCGAGUAAUACGAACGCCGUACGAUGACUCAAUUCCUGCCGCCCAAUUUGCUGGCGCUUUUCGCGCCGAGGGACCCAAUCCCUUACCUACCGCCAGUCGCCAAGCUGCCGCACGAGAAGAAGACUCGUGGCUAUUUGGGCGUUGGAAGUUUUAUGGAUCUGUUCGAAGACCCCGAAGACACGCCUCCUCCGACAAAAAUUGAAACCAGAGAAGAACGACUAGAGCGUCGUCGUCGUGAGAAAGCUGAACAAGUAGCAUACAAGUUAGAACAAGAAAUCGCGCUAUGGGAACCACAUUCAGUUGCAAAUGCUACAACAGAUCCAUUUAAAACAUUGUUUGUUGCUAGAAUUAAUUAUGAUACUUCUGAAUCAAAAUUACGAAGAGAAUUUGAACUUUAUGGUCCUAUAAAAAAGAUUGUUGUCACACAUAAUAAGAUAGAUGGUAAACCCAGAGGGUAUGCUUUCAUUGAGUACGAAUAUGAACGUGAUAUGCAUUCUGCAUAUAAACAUGCUGAUGGAAAAAAGAUUGAUGGACGCAGAGUGUUGGUGGAUGUUGAGCGAGCACGCACAGUCAAAGGAUGGCUUCCUAGAAGAUUGGGAGGUGGUUUAGGGGGUACAAGAAGAGGUGGACCAGAAGUCAAUUUGAAACAUUCAGGUAGGGAAGAUAAUGAACGAGAAAGAGAAAGGUAUGCUCGUGAAAUGGCUGGUAGUCGUUCUGGACGUAGUGUUACUACGGAAAGAGAUCGAGAACGUGAUUAUCGUGACCGAGAUAGAGAUCGUGAACGUGAACCGAGACGUCCUCGUAGUAGAGAUCGUGAAAGAAAACGUCAUCGUUCUAAGUCACGGUCACGCGAACGCAAGAGACGCCGUAGCAGAGACCGUGGUGCUAGAGAUGUAGAAUAUGACGAAGUUGAAGAGGUUCCCGUUACCAAAUCUAGAGAUAAAGAUCAUGAUCGUGAAAGAAAAAGAAAGCGUAGUCGUUCUAGAGACCGUGAACGUAAGAAGGAUCGCAAAGAAAGAGAUCAUCAUCGCCGAGACAAGAGUAAAGAUCGUCGUGAUAAACAUGAUAAAGACAAUUCUGAACGUGAUGAAAAAAUUCAUAUUAAACAAGAACCUGUUGAUGAAUAUGACAAUAAUUAUGAUAGUUACAAUAACGAAUAUGAUGGUUACAACAGUUCUCAUGAUGAUUAUGAUCCAGAUAUGGUUAAAAAGGAAGAACCUGAUGAAGAAAAUGCAAAUGGUAGCCGUUACAGUAAUAAUGUAAUUUGAUAAUAAUAGACUGUCUGGUACUAAAUUGUCUGUUUUUAACAUAAGUAAAAUUGUAAAACUUAAGUAAAAUGGAAUUAAAAAAGUAAUAAUAAUUA